AUUUUCACAAAGUACCGGAGGCUUUAACUGUAAAUAAUAACCACCAGUAACGUCUGCUAUGUGGGUCAUACGCAGAGGAGACGGCAUGGAGUCGCUGUGAGGGAUUAGGGUUUGAGCCAGUUUGUGCGAUCAGUAGACACAGGAGUUAAUCCACCACACAGAUCGACGUGUAAACAAAAACACAGACCUAGUGUUACCUCAGCCGGGGAGGUCGUGUUUGUUGAUUUGCGUGACGACGGAUUAGAUUACCGUAAAUGCUCCAAUUAACACUUCUAUUUCAUUAAAAGUAAAUAACCACCGAGAUGUCUAAUUAGUGUCACUUCAGAAAAUAUUAGCAUUAGCAGAUGUGGCUGUAGGCAAUGUCCUGAUUUUUUAGAAAUAUUUUUUAUUAACACGAGACUGCAAGAUGGCAGUAGCUACAGGGUCACAGGAGGUGCUGGAGCCCAUCCCAGCUGUCCUCGGGUGACAGGCGGGGCACACCCCGGACUGGUCGCCAGCCAAUCACAGCACUUGACCGGGUGCGUACGGGGUGUGUUCAGAAGCAGAAGAGUUACGAUGCCAUCUACUGUACAGGGUCGGAACAGCAAAUAAAGUAAGUGAGUAAUGUUAUACGCUACUCCAGGGGUGCUCAUUAAGUCGAUCGCGAGCUACCGGUCGAUCGCGGAGGUGGUACUGGUCGAUCGCUGGUCGAUCGCGGCGUGACUUAAAAAAAAUGUCAUCCCAGCAUCAAUGCGGUCACUUGAUUGAUAUACAGGGCAGCCAUUCGGAUGACAACUGAAUGUUGCCCUUCGGGCGACCAAUCAAAUCAAACGACGUCUCUAAGUGCAGCAGAACUUACGAUGUCAGCCUAUCAUCCAUCCCCGUUACUUGAUUGACAUACAGGACAACCAGUCAGAUGACAACUGAAUUUUGACCUUUAGGUCACCGCUCAUGCGUAAACAACGAUGCAAAGUGCUAAGCUAGUCGGCGAAUUGCGAGAUUUUAAGCCCUCGCUAAAGUUUAUGGUCACUAAAAUGAGUGAAGGAGCUGGACCAAGUAAAAAGGCAAAAACUGGACCAAGUAAAAAGGCAAAAAACAUAUCACUUCCAUACGGAUAUGGAAUAUUAUACGGAUAUUAUGAUACGGAUAUUAUCCAUGACUGAUAAACAUUUGGAAGUGUGCUUGAGGCUGGCUAUCAGCAGCUACUGUCCGGACUAUGCAUCCCUGGCUGGUUCAAUUCAGUGCAAGUCAUCAAAGUAAACUCAGGUAAUUACAAAAAAUGUUCAUAGUUAAUUAUGUGUGUUUUGCAAUAUUGGCUCAUUUGGUUAUGUAAGGUACAUCAACAUACAUUGUACGUACAAAUAAUCCUCAAUACAUUUGAAAAUAAAUAGAUGUUUUGCAUUUUUGUAGUGGGUAGAUCAUUUUGACUCGCUCAUUUUAAAAGUAGCUCGCAUGCUGAAAAAGUGUGAGCACCCCUGCGCUACUCUUUUAGACAUGAUAUUAUUACGAUGGCGCAUUUUGUUGCUUCUAGGCACAUCUAGUCAAUUAAUCCCAUGAAAGAAAUUAAGCAUAAUCUCAUCAACACUAGCGUAUUCUUUGUGUCACUAUCAGAACUGCUAAGAUUACUCUAAAAGUCUGAUUCCUCCCAGUUAAGUCCGGAGGACGGACGCAGAUCAAUUAGGGAGAAGAAAUAAAAAAAAAAAGUAUUUUUAAAUCCUGCCUGUAAUCUGUCAGAUAAAAAUAUGGCGGGGCGACUCUCAAUCUGGGUCGUCCAGCAGCGCUGGUGGCGGUAAUCCGUCCUCACACACACACACGGGCCUGACGCCAACCUGCCUCAGGUUGCCUUGACGACAGGACUCAUGCGCUAUCAUGGGAGUGAAAAAAGCGGCGUGACCCCUUGAUAAGGUCGCUCAGGUGCAAGAAUGCUACCUGACGUCAGGCCCGAGGAAAGGAGUCAUCGGGUAUGUCUUUUCAUAAACGACACGCAAAGAGCCGGUUUGUGCUUGUUGAGAAUCACACAGGACGAGAUGUUAUAGCUUGGAAUGCGUUAAGCACGCCCGAGUGCAGACUUGGAUGGUGUGUAUCGAUGUGUUGCGUGUCGGUUUGGGGGAUUUUUGAACCCGUAUCCAUGUCCUUGUUGGCCUUUGCGGGCCCAGGAAAUGCAGACUUUCUUCAGGCUUCUGAUUGGUUGGUUGAAAAUGCCCGUCAGGCAUCAUCAUUCGCCACAUUAAGUUGAUAUUAGUCAUGCAAUGUAAAAUGUAUAUAUUCUAAAAACAAAUAAAAAACAAGCCAUUAUCCAAAUUAGUUUAGCACAUUUUUUAAAUUAUAUUACAUUAUUGCCAGCAUGCUAACAUUAGCAUAGUAGCAUUUCAAGUCAUUUUCAUAUGUAGACGUUAAAAAAAAAAAGAUCAGCUGUGGAGAUUCUGUAAUCAGGAAAAAGCCGAAAGACACAAACAAAAAAAUAUGCUUGGUGUUAGCAUGCUAACAUUAUCUUUUUUUGUGAUAUUCAUGAAUAUGAACUCAAGCAGACACUUGCUAGCAUAUGCUAGCAUAAUUAUACUCCCAUUUCAGCACUAUUGUGCUCGGUAUUAGCAUGCAAACAUUAGCAUGUUAGCAUUGCUAGCAUUCUUUAAGUCAUUCAAACCCUUCCGAUGUAUAUUUUCAUGGCCCAGGAAUCUACAUAUGUGGAUAAAAUAAAUGUAGGACGAAUAUUUAUGCUGUAAAUCACAAUAAGGGGGAACUACGGGGCUUGGUGGACGUCUGUUCGUUUUUUUUAAGUAAGUUUUUAUAAGAUUUACUUUUAAUAUCUUAUAUUCAUAUGUAAAAUGUAAAAUAUUUUAAGAUUGAGAUGACUAUCACAAAAACCUAACAUUUUUGAUGUUAAAAAAAAGCAAAAUUUAAAUAAAAUGUUGGUGAAAUAAUGAAAUACAGUAUGAUUGUGGUCAUGUGAGGACAUACAGUAUUAAUCAAGUAGUUACUAUAUAUCAUGUAUUUAUGUAUUAAGCAUGAUGUACAUACUUUUUGGCAGGAUACGCUAGGCUUUUGCUUCUUCCUGCUCCUUCUCUGGACUUUAGCUUUUAAUGCCUUGUUAUAUCAAAAACUAAAAUUAAAUCAUCGUGUCCGAGACCAUUUAGAAAAGUGUUCAAUAACUUAGGAAAAAGUCGAAAGAAGCAAACAAUUGAAAAAGUAUAAAGUUUGUGACUUACAGCUAAUUUAAAGUAUUUAAAUUGUGGAAUAUUUACUUUUUACUGUGUAUCUCUCGUCUCAGCCAUGUGAGACGCUAGCUUUAGUUGACUCGGUAAAAAAAAAAAGAAAAGGGUCAGAUGGAGUUAAUGUUCCUCCAGGAGCUGAUGUGAUCAACACGUCCGCGAUUAAACCAAGUUAAUAAUUAACAUCCUGUACUUCUCUACGUGCGAAUGAGGGGAUAAAAAGACAAAAACACGUUGAAGAAAGUUGAAGUUUCAUUUGGAAUAUGAAGGCAGGCCGGUAAUAAAAAUAUAUAUCAAGCUGCUACACGACAACAUUGGAAGGGCGUUCAACCUGCAAGAAUAAAUAAAAACAAUGCAGGACCGUUUUCAUCCUGAGCCUUCAACAAAAAUCCUUUUUGACGCACGAGACACAUUGAUGAGGUCCUGUGUGGAUUCUUUGUCCCACAACAUGAAACGUAGAAAAGUUUUUGUUUUUUUAAAAAAAAGGUCACAAAGAAAAACGGUGAGCAUCGUGGGUGAAGGUCAUGUAAGGGGUGUAACUGCUGCUGAAGUAAGCCCCGCCCCCUAGUCUGGAGUACACAGGGAAGGCGGGGUCGGUCCGCACCCUCUUGCUGAACUUGGUGGCGCUGUCCGCAGGGUGCGUGCCGCCCCUUGCGGUGGAAAAGUGCAUGCAGAGGAGCUCCUCUGUGUCCCAGCUGGGGCGCCUCUUCUGGGGCCGCGGCGUUGAAUGAUGCUCAUGGGCGAGUGCGGGCAUGCCGCACCGUGGCGAGGCUCUGGGGGCGGGGCUGUCUCGUUUCAGGAGGGACUCGAUGGAGAACGGACCGCUGAACUUGACCUCACAUCGUAUCUGAACCGAGUCACAGGAGCUGGCCUUGGAGGAGGAGGGAAGGACGCCCACAUUCUGGGCAUCCUCCCCCCUGGAGGUCAACUCGGGGAAGAAGUCCAGGAGGUCCUUGAAGUGACGGCGCACCAUUUUAUGGACUUCCUGUCUUCCUUGAUGAGCGGCCCCAGCCUGUCCAUCAACUACACGACAAAAAUGAAGACAUCAGAUGGAUUUUUCAUGUGGAAAACAUGCGUCUUAAGAGACAAGGUAUGUAUCUACCUGUGCGAAGGUGAGCAUUUUGUCCGGCGCGUCCUGCAGGACGACGGCGAUCCUGGCCAAGUAGGUGGUGCUCCUCCUGAACACGUCGCCAGCCGGAGGGAGCUGAGCCCUGACCUUGCCGUGGGUGGUGUGCAUGCUGCUGGAUGGAAGAUCAGGAGUGAUGCGGACCCCGAGCAGGUUAAUGCAUGUUCAAGCACCCGCCAGACAACACUGCAUACGCAAUGAGGCGUGCACGCCGCCCUUCAAGGCCAGACACCAGCCACAUCACGGCACGGGAGAAUGGCGGCUGCACCAACAAACGGAGCGACGGAACAUCACUACAUGGCAGGAAAUCAGGAGAUCAGACACUCGACAGACGCAGCAGCGCCCCCCACUGUCAAAUCCUCUUUGUCCAGACGCGCCGAGAAGAGCGCCAUGUUUCCGUGGGACGUCCUGACAGAAGGUGCAUUGAUAUGACAUCAUAGCCCAGCAGCGUAGAUAUACAGCGACAACACUUGAUGUCCGCUCUCCUUGGGAUGGCUGUAUCUUCCAGCACAAGACGCGUGCUCCGGUCCUCAGGGAUGAAGGGCCAGCUACCAUUCCUAAAGGAGCGAUCCAUCUGGUCUGGGAUCCCGACGGGAUGAGCCGGUUGAUACACCUGAACAGUAUUUAGUGGUGGGAGGUGACAUGAAAUGGACCGAGUGGGACACCCUCCGGGCGCACCGAGGCUGGGAGGACAUCCCGUCAAGGACCGGAGGAGGAGGAGCAGCUUCAGGACUCAUCCAGCGUGUCUUCACUGCGCAAAGUUCGGCUGGGAAAUCCGGCCUUUUUUUGCACCCUGAUGUUUCAGCAAGUAACCCGAGUCUGGAAAAGCGCAAGCCUGAAAACUUUAAGGACGACAUGCCAGAGAGGACCACCGGACGUCUCGUUUCGCCUUCUCUUUACUCACUUUGGGCUCCAAUCCCCACCGCAGAGGACACCGAGGGUCCUAAAAGCACCAGACCCCCACCCCCUUCCUUCCAUCAUCAUCAUCAUCAUCAGCAUCAUCAUCACCGCACUGACAUGCGCAAUCGGCACCGCCGGGCAUCCACACCAGCCUCGCUCCUCCGUGGCGCUUAUUUCAUUCGGUGCUCUCCCACCGGAGGCUCCCAGUCGCUGCUAACCGAGGACGGAGGGCCAGGCGGCGGCGUCCAGAGAGCAACAUGUCCCGGCGCAAGCAAGCCAAGCCGCAGCACCUCGGGGCCGGCCAGGAGGAGCGUCGCGGCGGCCUCCCCCUCCUCCGAGAUGACGGCUCAGUGCAAAGCGGGGAGAGAGAGGACACCAGCGGGACUGGAGGUUCCCCCCGCCGCGACGACACGCACGUUUGCAACAAAUGCUGCGCCGAGUUCUUCACUUGGGCUGAGCUGAAGGAGCACCACAAGUCCUGCGUGGAGGACUGCUCGGUGUUCAUCAUGAAAAACGGCGAAGGGGCGCACGGUGGCGGGGAAUCUCCCUCUCCCGUCCCCAGCGUGGUGUCCAGUGACUCGUCCGCGGUGGACGCCGGCUUCGACCUGGGCGAGACACCCGUGACCGACAACGACAGCCUGGACAACGCGGAGGAAGGGCUGGAUGAAGCCAUGGAGGUCGAACACCACCCCCGAGACAAAUACGCAAUCCCGUCCAGCCCUCCGCCGCCUGACUCUACCGGGACCCCGCUGGUUUCAGCCGCCUACAGCAUACCCGACACCAAUGUGACCCUGGAGAUCCUUCACAGCACCAGGGUGGCCGUGGCCCAAUUCUCCCAGGCGGUCGGCAGCAACGGCACCGCCGGGAGGUCCGCUUCGGCCGCCAUCCCCGUAAUUCUGGAGCACCUGCUGGCGCUGCAGCAACAGCAGGUCCAUCAGCUCCAGCUCAUCGAGCAGAUCUGCAGCCAGGUAGCCACCAUGAAUAAGCAGCCCAGCCGGGGGGCGUCAAAUCCGGUCUCGGCGCCCCGGCCCACUGCAGCCAACACCCUCGCUUCGACUAAUCCCAUCCUGCCGCUGACAGGAAGUACGCCGUCAAACGUCAGCGACCAGGGUGCUGGUCUCGUGCCGGAAAAGUCCCAAAGUCUCCCCUCAGAAACUGUAUGCAAGCGGUCGGCCUUCAGGGAUCCCGUAUGUUCCUCCGGAAAUUCAACUCCGUCCAUCUCCACCUGCAGCAGCAUCUCUGCCUUGAUGCCUCCGUACAGCGGCUCACACGCCAGCGCCAUUGGCAGCCGCCAGACCCUCAGCUGUCCCAGUCCCGGACCGCUGGGGCAGAGCAGUCUCCUGGGCUCCCCCGCCGGCCUCCCCUUCCUGCCUCAGAGCCCCCCCAGCGGCGUCAUCUUCCCCAAUCCCUUGGCCAGCAUCGCCGCCACGGCCAACGCACUCGACCCUCUGGCCGCCCUGAUGAAGCACAGGAAGGGGAAACAACCGUCCUUGUUUGAAAGCAAGCCCGCCCCCGAGGAGCCGUUCUUCAAGCACAAAUGUCGCUUCUGUGCCAAAGUGUUUGGCAGCGACAGCGCCCUGCAGAUCCACCUGCGCUCCCACACCGGGGAGCGGCCCUUUAAAUGCAACAUCUGCGGCAACCGCUUCUCCACCAAGGGGAACUUGAAGGUGCACUUCCAGAGGCACAAGGAGAAGUACCCUCAGGUCCAGAUGAACCCUUACCCGGUGCCCGAGUAUCUGGACAAUGUGCCAACCACCUCAGGGAUUCCCUACGGAAUGUCUGUUCCCCCGGAAAAACCUGUCUCGUCAUGGUUGGAUACCAAAGCUGCCAUGGCAACCCUGCCAGCCUCCGUGGGUCUUCCACUCUCCUCCACUGGAACCGGCGUGGGGGGUGUAGCGCCAUCUGUUCCGCCCCUGUACCAGCCUGCUGCUGCUGAAUGCGUGUCGCCGAGCCAGAGAGGCCGGGACGCUCACACGUCUCCGCUUUUAGAGACUCCGCUGUCCAACCAUGAGAUAGAAGGUUCGAAUCUAGAGAUGGUUCACCUGCCCCAAACUUGUCCCCAGAAACCCAGAAGCACUCCGGCGACCGGCACCACGAUACGAUCCGUAGCCACCACGCCUGAACCUGCAGCAUCGGCAUCGCCCGUCUCCAGCUCCCCCUCCCCCCUCCCACUAAACUCAGAAGAGGUCUCCCUCUCAUCCAGCGACCCCAUGGACUCUAUGCAAACCUCGGAAACCUCAAAGCUCCAGCAGCUUGUGGAGAACAUCGACAAAAAGAUGACGGACCCUAACCAGUGCGGCCUCUGCCACCGCAUCCUCAGCUGUCAGAGCGCGCUGAAGAUGCACUACCGCAUCCACACGGGCGAGAGGCCCUACAAGUGCAAGGUGUGCGGCAGGGCCUUCACCACCAAGGGCAACCUGAAGACCCACGUCGGGGUUCACCGGGAGAACCCGCCUGUCCAGGUGCAGCAUUCCUGUCCCAUCUGCCAGAAGAAGUUCACCAACGCCGUGGUCCUUCAGCAGCACAUCCGCAUGCACGUGGUGGGUCAGACCCCGGAGUCCGCCCAGCUGGAGAUGGCUGGAGAUAUGAAUGACAGGAGCUUCGACAGCCCCAGCAGCAACGACCAAGACCUCGGUGAUGACGUUUCCAUGGAGGGUGACGACACGGAGGAAGGACGUGACGUAGAAAACGUGGCGCUUCUGAGUUCCCCGAAAUCCUCACCUGCUCCUGAGAACCAAAUGAUGAACCUCAGCACCUUCUUUGGGAGUAAACCCCUCACAAACGGCUACGGCGACUACGCUCAGCUGCAGAUUAAAUGCUCUUUGACGGAGAAAGGCCUGGAGAACCUGGGUGCAAACAGCCCCCCUGCAACACCGCCUCUAUCGCCGCCGCAGAGGACGGACUCUGGAGAACUUUUUGUGGCCUCGGUAAAGAAAGAACAUCUGGAGUCACCUGCUUCUGCACCCUUGGAACUGAGAGGAACGCAACCUAAUAAAGUGUGCGUGAAAGAAGAGACCAUGUAUUGUUCAGCCAUCCAACCCAGACCAAUGGGUCUUCCCAACCUGACCAGCACGUCAUCCAGAUCGAUAAAGAUGGAGGUAAACGGCCACAGCGACGGCCAGCACCCGUCCUUCGGUGUGCACCUUUCAGCGCCCUACCCGUCUGUCGUCACCAGCCCGGGAAUAACCUCGCUGCUCGGCGCCGCGCCUCCUCGCCGCGCACCCAAGCAGCACAACUGCAACGUGUGCGGCAAGAACUUCUCCUCGGCCAGCGCCCUGCAGAUCCACGAGCGCACGCACACCGGCGAGAAACCAUUCGUCUGCUCCGUCUGCGGCCGAGCCUUCACCACCAAGGGCAAUCUGAAGGUUCAUAUGGGAACUCACAUGUGGAACAACACGCCGGCCAGGAGAGGCAGGCGGCUAUCGGUGGACAACCCCAUCGCCCUCCUGGGUGGCGAUGCCAUGAAGUUGGGAGAAAUGUUCCAGAAGGACCUGGCCUCCCGCGCCAUGAACGUGGAUGCGGGCUUUUGGAGCCGCUACGCCAGCGCCAUCACCAACAGCCUGGCCAUGAAGAACAACGAGAUCUCUGUGAUUCAGAAUGGAGGCAUCUCCACGCUUCACCAGAUGACUGCGGGCAUAGACAGAGUGAACGGCACAGCCAGUCCAAUGACGAGUCUGGCCAAGAACGGCAUGGAGCUGGGAAACGGCAGGCACUUUUCUAUGCUGAUUGAUGACAGUAAAGAAAUUGGAAUCAACUGAUGCAAUCUAUUAUGGACAUUAAAAUAUUGUUGGAAAACAUCUUGUUUCUUCUGAUAUGUAUAUACACACAAAUAGAUUUAUUUGAUUUGUUCAUGGAGAGACGCUAGUAGGGGAUUCACAGUUUGCUGUAUUUGCUUUGUUUUCUUGUUUUUGUUGAAUAAUUACCUGGGAAUCCACUCAUGGCUGAGAGGGAUGGCUGCUCGGAAGAAGGGAACAUACUGAAUGUUCAAAUCAAUAAUGCAAAAAGUCUGCGCUCCAUCCUCUGGACAGCUGCCCAAUGCUGCUAGCUGGUGCAAAGCACAACAUAUGCUGCUCUGUUUGUCUGUGUUGUUGCUGGAAAAUUGUCUUUUGUUAGCAACACUGGGGCAGAAUAAAAUGGAGAACAAAAUGCUCGGCUGACUACCUCAAUUGCCAAAAGCUCUACCUCUCCGGAUCAUGCGUUCCCACGCAAAAAUGG